AUGGCGGCCUGCAGGCAGUGCUGCCGGUGCCUGCGGCUGCGGCCGCUGGGCUGCGGCGCCCUCGCUCCCCUCGGCCGGCCCGGGCAGGCUCGGGCACUCACCAGUUUGCAAGUGCGAGCUCGGUGGGACAGCGCCGGCUCCCGAGCGGUGGCGGUGGACCUGGGACACAGAAAAUUAGAACUAUCCUCUGGAAAAUUGGCAAGAUUUGCAGAUGGCUGUGCUGUGGUACAGUCAGGUGAUACUGCAGUUAUGGUCACAGCAGUCAGUAAAACAAAGCCUUCACCUUCCCAGUUCAUGCCGUUGGUGGUGGACUAUAGACAAAAGGCUGCUGCUGCGGGUAGAAUCCCCACAAACUACCUUAGAAGAGAGAUUGGCUCUUCUGACAAAGAAAUUCUUACAAGUCGAAUAAUAGAUCGUUCAAUUCGACCUCUCUUUCCAGCCGGCUAUUUUUAUGAUACUCAGGUUCUUUGUAAUCUGCUAGCCGUAGAUGGUAUCAAUGAACCUGAUAUCCUAGCAAUUAAUGGUGCUUCUGCAGCCCUCUCCUUAUCAGAUAUCCCUUGGAAUGGACCUGUUGGGGCAGUACGAAUAGGAAUGAUCGAUGGAGAAUGUGUUGUUAACCCAACAAGAAAAGAAAUGUCUUCUAGUACUUUAAAUUUAGUGGUUGCCGGAGCACCUAAAAGCCAAAUUGUCAUGUUGGAAGCCUCUGCAGAAAACAUUCUACAGCAGGACUUUUGCCAUGCUAUCAAAGUGGGGGUGAAGCAUACCCAGCAGAUAAUUCAGGGCAUCGAGCAGUUGGUCAGAGGAAUUGGUGUUGCCAAGAGGACACCCCAGAAGAUAUUUACUCCUUCACCAGAGAUUGUGAAGUACACUCAUAAACUCGCCAUGGAGAAACUCUAUGCAGUUUUUACGGAUUAUGAACAUGAUAAAAUUUCCAGAGAUGAAGCUGUUAACAAGAUAAGAUUAGAUACAGAGGAACAACUAAAGGAAAAAUUUCCAGAGGUCGACCAAUUUGAAAUAAUAGAAUCCUUCAAUGUUGUUGCAAAGGAGGUUUUCAGAAGUAUUGUUUUGAAUGAAUACAAAAGGUGUGAUGGGCGAGAUUUGACUUCACUUAGGAAUAUAAGCUGUGAGGUAGAUAUGUUUAAAACACUUCAUGGAUCAGCAUUAUUUCAGAGAGGACAAACACAGGUACUCUGUACUGUUACAUUUGAUUCAUUAGAAUCCAGUAUUAAGUCAGAUCAAAUUAUAACAGCUAUAAAUGGAGUAAAAGAUAAAAAUUUCAUGCUGCACUAUGAGUUUCCUCCUUAUGCAACCAAUGAAAUUGGCAAAGUUACUGGUAUAAACAGAAGAGAACUUGGACAUGGUGCUCUUGCUGAGAAAGCUUUGUGUCCUGUUAUUCCCAAAGAUUUUCCUUUUACCAUAAGAGUUACAUCUGAAGUCCUUGAAUCAAAUGGGUCAUCUUCUAUGGCAUCUGCAUGUGGUGGAAGUUUGGCAUUAAUGGAUGCAGGGGUCCCAAUUUCAUCUGCUGUUGCAGGUGUAGCAGUGGGAUUGGUUACCAAAAACAAUCCAGAGAAAGGUGAAAUAGAAGAUUAUCGUCUGCUCACAGAUAUUCUGGGAAUUGAAGAUUAUAACGGUGACAUGGACUUCAAAAUAGCCGGUACAAAUAAGGGAAUAACUGCAUUACAGGCUGAUAUUAAAUUACCUGGAAUACCAAUUAAAAUUGUAAUGGAAGCCAUUCAACAAGCUUCAGUGGCAAAGAAGGAGAUACUACAGAUAAUGAACAAAACAAUUUCAAAACCUCGAAUAUCUAGAAAAGAAAAUGGACCAGUCGUAGAAACAGUUAAGGUUCCAUUAUCAAAAAGAGCAAAAUUUGUUGGACCUGGUGGAUAUCACUUAAAAAAACUUCAGGCUGAAACAGGUGUCACAAUUAGUCAGGUUGAUGAAGAAACCUUCUCCAUAUUUGCACCAACACCUAGUGCAAUGCAUGAGGCAAGAGACUUCAUUACUGAACUUUGCAGAGAUGAUCAAGAGCAACAAUUAGAAUUUGGAGCAGUUUAUACCGCUACAAUAACUGAAAUCAGGUAA